AUGGCCGAACACAACCCAGACACCCCGAAAGAUAUUAGGGCACUUUCGCCGGAGCAGGAGAUGAAGCGAGCACGCUUCCUUGUGUGUCGUCUGGACCAUUACGAUCUACAUUACAGGUUGCAAGUAUCAAGAAGUGACAAUGCACAUUGGAUAGAUGAUUCCGAAAAACGUGCCCUGACUGAAGAACAUGCUCGCCGUCAAGUGACCAUAGAAGGAUUUGGAUACGACCGUCCGGAACCAGCCCCCUAUGACCAAAAGAAGCGAGAGGCGGAUCAAAUGAUUGAACGAAUGUCUAGCCGAUGGUUAUAG